CGAAUAAAUUCUGCGCUCCUCACAACUUGCAAGAGUCGCUCCGUGAGUCACGUUUCCUAAAGUUGAGGAGUAGAAAUCACACUUCGCCCUCCUUGCAAACCCCAAAAGGACCGAUUUGCUUAUCUGGGAACUUUUAAUUUUGCCGUCAGUGCAAGCAGGAGGAGAGCGCGUGCCUUCGCCGGCAGGCUGUCAUUGCGCUCUUUUGGAGCUCCGUGCGUGUGGAUUCGCACAUUUUCUUACUUUUUUUUUUUGUGCCGCUCGCCACUUGUUUCGCAUGAAUCUCCUCGACCCUUACCUGAAAAUGAGCGAAGAACAGGACAAGUGUCUCUCCGACGCGCCCAGUCCCAGCAUGUCCGAGGAUUCGGCCGGCUCGCCAUGCCCGUCUGGCUCCGGCUCGGACACGGAGAACACUCGGCCGUCCGACAUGCACCUCUUGCACGGCGCCGAUUACAAGAAGGAGGGCGAAGAGGAGAAAUUUCCCGUGUGCAUUCGAGACGCCGUGUCCCAGGUGCUUAAAGGCUACGACUGGACACUGGUGCCUAUGCCGGUGCGCGUCAACGGCUCGAGUAAGAACAAGCCGCACGUCAAGAGACCCAUGAACGCGUUCAUGGUUUGGGCUCAGGCUGCACGUCGGAAGCUGGCCGAUCAAUACCCGCACCUGCACAAUGCGGAGCUCAGCAAAACUCUGGGAAAACUUUGGAGGCUGCUCAACGAGGCCGAAAAGAGGCCGUUUGUGGAGGAGGCUGAGCGCCUCAGGGUGCAGCACAAAAAAGACCACCCGGACUACAAGUAUCAGCCCAGGCGGAGAAAGUCGGUGAAGAACGGCCAGAGCGAGCCCGAGGACGGCGAGCAGACGCACAUCUCGCCCAACGCCAUCUUCAAGGCUCUGCAGCAGGCAGACUCGCCCGCCUCCAGCAUGGGCGACAUGCAUUCCCCCGGAGAGCACUCGGGUCAGUCCCAGGGCCCACCCACUCCCCCAACCACCCCAAAAACAGACCUCCCCAAGUCAGACCUGAAGCGUGAGGGACGCCCGAUUCCGGAGGGUCCCGGCCGCCAGCUCAAUAUCGACUUUGGCGCCGUCGACAUCGGCGAGCUGAGCAGCGACGUCAUCUCCAACAUGGGCAGCUUCGACGUGGACGAGUUCGACCAGUACCUGCCGCCCCACAGCCAGGCAGCGGUGGUGGCGGCGGCGGCCGCCCAAGGGGGCUACAGCGGGGGCUACGGCGUGGGCGGCUCCUCAGUGGCCUCCCCGGCGAGCGCCGUUGGGGCCUGGAUGUCCAAACAGCAGCAGCACUCUCUUAGCACCCUGGGGGGCUCGGCGGCAGGGGAACAGGCUCAACAGCGAGCCACUCAGAUCAAGACGGAGCAACUGAGCCCGAGUCACUAUGGCGAGCAACAGCAGCAGGGCGGGUGCUCCCCCCAACACGUAGCCUACGGCUCCUUCAGCCUCCAGCACUACAGCGCUUCCUCGUACCCACCCAUCACCAGGGCCCAUUAUGACUACUCGGAGCACCAGGCGGGUGCCUACUACACUCACUCGUCCGCUUCAGGCCAAGGCUCCGGCCUCUACUCCAACUUCAGCUACAUGAGCCCCAGCCAGAGGCCCAUGUACACCCCCAUCGCCGACACCGCCGGGGUGCCCUCGGUGCCGCCCACCCACAGUCCCCAGCACUGGGAGCAGCAGCCCAUUUACACCCAGCUGUCCCGGCCGUGAGGACUCAACUCCGCCCUUGAAAACACCACAUUGACUCUUUUUUUGAUUUCCUAGUUGUAUCUCUCUGGGGUCACUGAUUGUGUAGUGCUACAUUCACCUGACUGUGGUGCAGCCGGUGUCUAUCCUGUUCCCCGUGCUGUGACUAGUCCGGGGUGUAGUCCGCCUGGGAGGGUUUGACCCUGAAGAGGACAAGCAGUAUAGAACAUGGAUGUGUGAAUGGAUGGAUGAGUGUCUCUCUCUGGAUUGGCUCCCGACAGUGCCUUUUUGUAACGCUUGGAAUGGUGAUUAUAUUUUUCUAGAUAUAAUACACGAAUAAAUCCUCCGUGAGGACAUAGUGCUUUGGAAUAUUUUAGUAUGUACUGUGUAUGUGUUCUGCUCUUCAGCUAAUCCGUGCCAUCCAUCCAUUGGAAAUGUCUUAAAAGAGUAAAAUGGGGGGGAAAAAAGCACACUCUGUGGCCUUGCUUCCGUUUUUGUUUUUUGAGGGGGAGGGGCUGUGAUGACUGAGUUUUUUUCUACUGUACAUAUUUUUAUUCCAAUGGAGGACUGAGUGGCGCAGGCCAAGUCAGACGUGUGGGGAGGGGGGAAAUAUGAUGUUUAUUUAUAUUCUGAGCAUUUGGCCUUUUUUAUAGCAGCUCUCUGAGGUUUUUUUUUCUCGACUUUUAUGACGGGUUGCAGUAUGACAGGUCGUAGUUUGACGGGUGUUAGGUUGCGCUCGAAACCCGUGCUCUUUUCGGCUUCCGUCUGCCUUGAUGCCACUGGUGCCUGCGGAGCCGCGGGCGGGAGGCUCCGUCCACUGGUAUUCCCACUUCCUGCUCUCAGCAGCCAGCAGGUCUGAGCCUCGGCACGCGCUUCUCUCCUCCCGGCAACGCCUUCUCUAACCUCUCUUAAUUUAUUCUUUAGCAUUAAUUUUAUUGGAAAAUUAACUUUUUUUGUUUGUCGCAAUUAUCUUCGGAGUUCAGAGGCUCGUCGAGCUGAGUAGAUUGUUGUCGUUUUGUUUUGUGGUACGGAUGUGUUUAUUUAUCAUUUGUAAAUGUUAUCAUUUGAUUCCGUGUGUGUACAGAUUAUUCGAGUCAAACUGGAACUUGUUUUGUUUUCUCACUGUCGUUUGAGGCUAUUUUGUGGAAAAAAAUGUUGCUGGAAUGCACAUAUGUUCUUUUUUUUGUCUUUUGAGAUUUGUGUUCCGUUUAUAUUCUGUAUCAUUAGUCCUGAUUUAUGUCAUCUCUUACCGCAGUCUCCUUUUAGGGAAACAUGGCGUCUUAAAAAAAAAAGCAUAUCUUUUUUUUGUAUCAUAUUGUUUGCAAUAAAAACAAAACACUGUAAACUGUUA